AUGGACUCGUAUCGAAUGUAUUUUGUUAUUUUUGCUUCUCUGUCACUUUAUAUUGUAAAAUGUGAAAUUCCUAAAGCAAAGUUCGAAUAUAAGUUAAGUUUUAAAGGUCCACAUCUAGUGCAAAGAGAUAAAUCAGUGCCAUUUUGGACGUAUGGUGGAGAUGCAUUUCCUAGUGAUGAUUCUAUGAGAAUAACUCCUUCAUUACGCAGCAAGAAAGGAUGGAUCUGGACAAAGAAUAUGAUCAAUUCUGAAAACUGGCAGAUUGAUGUAACAAUCAGGGUAUCUGGCAGAGGUAGAGUUGGUGCUGAUGGCAUGCAAAACAAUCCAUAUGUCAUGGCUGUAGUAAAUGAUGGUACUAAACAGUUUGAUCAUCACAAUGAUGGUUUUAAUCAACAGUUAGGUGGAUGUUUAAGAGAUUUUAGAAAUAAACCAUAUCCUGUUAAAAUUAGAGUUGAAUAUUAUCAAAAAGCUUUAACAGUAUACUAUCACAAUGGUAUGACACAAAACCAGAACGAAUUUGAAUUGUGUUUGAGAGCUGUAGAUGUGACCUUACCUAAGAUGGGUUUCUUUGGUGUUAGUGCUGCUACUGGUGGUCUAGCUGAUGAUCAUGAUGUUAUAUCAUUUUUAACACAUUCCUUGUUAUCACCUUCUGCUACACAGGGACAGGCUGUAUCAGAGGAUGAAAAAGUGAAGUUUGAGAAAGAAUUUGAUGAUUAUUAUAAAGAAUUAGAAAAAGCUAAACAAGACUAUAAGAAACAACAUCCUGACAAAGUUGAUGAGUAUGGUGAAGAUAAUUUUUUUGAAAGUCAAAAUGAACGAGAAUUAAAGAUGAUAUUUGAAGGACAGAGUAAUAUACAUUUAACAAUGAAAGAUUUAAAUCGUAAAUUAGAUGAGUUAUUAGGUAGACAGGAAUUAGUUUUAUCUCGUGUCAGUGGUGGUCAACCAGUGCCUGUUCAAGGUCAAGGCCAACAGGGUCAACAACCUCUUAUGAUAGAUACAAUAAAAAGACAUGAAGUUAAUCAAGUACUUACUAAUCAAAAUGAUGUUUUAGUACAACUUAGAGAGAUGAGAGGAUUAGUUAAUGAUAUACAAAUUAAAGCAUCAACAAUGCAGGGUGGAGGAGCUAGUGGUGGACAAGCUGCUAUGGGUAAUCAAAUGGCAUUCCAUGAAUUAAAAGAUAACUUACAAGGUGUAAGAAAAGAUGUAACAAAUUUAUUAAAUAGACCACAGGGAGGUAGUUUAUCAGGAUGUCCACCACCUAUGUGCCCCAAUAUAAAUUGUCUAUCACCAAUGAUAUUUUUUAUAGCAAUAGGUGCCCAAUUAAUAUUCAUGUUAGGUUAUAUGGUGUACAGACAAAAUAAAGAAGCUCAAGCUAAGAAGUUCUAUUAG